AUGAUGAUGAUGAUGAUGAUGAUGAUGAUGAUGAUGAUGAUGAUGAUGAUGAUGAUGAUGAUGAUGAUGAUGAUGAUGAUGAUGAUGAUGAUGAUGAUGAUGAUGAUGAUGAUGAUGAUGAUGAUGAUGAUGAUGAUGAUGAUGAUGAUGAUGAUGAUGAUGAUGAUGAUGAUGAUGAUGAUGAUGAUGAUGAUGAUGAUGAUGAUGAUGAUGAUGAUGGCGAGUCUUCAUUAG